AUGUCUCUGAGAACAGAAGGGGUCCAGUGUGCUGGUGUUGCUGUGGAGUUUAACAAUGAUAAUGACAGAGAAUCACCUGUGGUCAAAGCCAGGAAUAUACCACGAUCAGCCCUCAUCUACCUCAAGGGUCCCAAGUUCCUCAUCUAUGUGAGUGGAGCGUUAUCUAUGUGGGGUGAUCGCAUGUGGCAUUUUGCCAUCUCUGUCUUUCUGAUUGAGCUGUAUGGACAUAAUCUACUGUUAACUGCCGUCUUUGGACUAGUGGUAGCCGGAUCGGUGCUUUUAUUAGGGGCCUUGAUAGGAGACUGGGUCGAUCGCAACCCAAGGAACAAAGUGGCCCAUGCAUCCCUGUUCAUUCAGAACAUUUCAGUGACCGUCUGCAGCAUUGUGCUAAUGUUAGUUUUCUCAUACAAAAAAUGGAUUGAGGAAAUCUGGGAUGGGUGGCUAACUGUGGUUUGUUAUACGGUGGUGAUCAUCCUGGCAGAUGUGGCGAACCUCGCCAGCACAGCUCUCACCAUUGCCAUCCAGAGGGAUUGGAUAGUAGUGAUCACAGGCUACAACCGUGGUCACCUCGCAGGAAUGAAUGCUACGAUGAGGCGGAUUGAUCAGGUGACCAACAUCCUGGCUCCCCUGGCGGUGGGUCAGGUAAUGACCCUGGCCUCUAAUGUGGUUGGCUGUGGCUUCAUCUUAGGAUGGAAUGUGGUGUCCCUCAUUGUAGAGUUCAUCUUCCUCUCCAGAGUCUACCGUAUUGUACCUGCACUGUCCGUCAAACCACCAGCAAUGGAACAUCAAAGCUAUCUAGAGAAGAAAAGAGAAAGAAGAUGUCUAAAAGGCAGAACCUCAUCAUGUCCAGCACCAUCCAUCUCAGAGGAAACCUCCAGCGGCCUGCAUUUACAAAAAAAGACCAGAAUUCCCAUGUGCAUCCAGCGUCUGCGUGGGCUCCUUAGCACCUGCCGAGAGGGAUGGAGGGCGUACUACAGACAGCCUGUUUUCCUAGCCGGCCUGGGCCUAGCAUUUCUAUACACCACAGUACUGGGUUUCGACUGCAUCACAACGGGUUAUGCCUACACGCAAGGCAUAAGCGGCUCCCUGCUCAGCAUUCUGAUGGGCGUAUCGGCGGUGGCGGGGCUUUUGGGCACUGUCCUGUUCACAAAGCUGCGGAAAGCAUUCGGCCUGGUCAACACUGGGGUCAUUUCCAGCGCUCUACACAUGCUUUGCCUGUUGCUUUGUGUGUGCUCUGUGUUUGCCCCCGGGAGCCCCAUAGACCUCAGCAUACUCAAUAUGGGGAAUGUGUCGGAUGUGGGUGGGAUGACUGGAGGUCAUCAGAGGCACGGAUACCGAUUGCGGGGAGGUAUCAAUCAGCCUCUGCUGCCCGACCGUUCCUCCAUUCACUGGACCAAUAACACUGUGUUGUUUGAGAAUGCGCCGGCAGGGACAGAACCAGAGUCUUAUAUCUCCAUCAUACUGCUGUUUCUUGGAGUCAUAACAGCUCGAGUUGGUCUGUGGUCAUUUGACCUGACAGUGACUCAGCUCCUGCAGGAGAGCAUCUGUGAAUCAGAGCGAGGGGUGGUGAACGGUGUACAGAGCUCCAUGAACUACCUGAUGGACCUGCUGCACUUCCUCAUGGUCAUUGCUGCGCCUCAGCCACAACACUUCGGCAUCCUUGUCAUCAUCUCCGUCCUGUUCAUUUUCACGGGACACACCAUGUACUUCCUGUAUGCCAGGAAAGCCAAGAGGAAACCACGUACAAACACUUGAGCAACACUGAUCUGUUUGUUGCUCACCAGCUUGUGACUGUGUCUCCAUUCCUGUGCUGUUUUCAGCUGCACUUACACAAAAGUCACUCUAUCCAGAACACUAUACUGAAAAACAAAAAAAAAAAAACAAAGCUGUUGCUGUGAUCUCUUAUAACUGGAAUAAACAAAAAGGGUUUGGCAGCAGCGCAGUACUCAGGUCAACAAAAUCAGGAAACAGCGCCUCCUGCUGACAGGAAAAAGAAAUUCAUCAGUAUCAGAGACCUUGUUUGCAAGUGGAUGAUUCUAAAAACAGGUCUAAAUGGCAUCUGAAAUAAGGUUGUCCACUUUUGAAUAUGCAUUUGUUUGGGUUAGAAUUGUGGUGUAGAUACUCAUUCGGGAAAAUGCAUUCAAAAAGCCACUAGCAACAAUAAACUCUUGGCCAACUAACUUCAUUCUUAAAAGAACACUGCCCUUAGGCUCCUUUCACAAGUCUUGUAAAGUUAAACCGUUGAGUUUUAUCAGUUUUGAAUCCAUUCAGCUGAUCUCCGGGUCUUGCAGGAGCACUUUUAGAUUAGUUUAGCAUAAAUCAUUGAAUCAGAUUAGACCAAUUGCAUCUCACUCAAAAAUUAAAAAAAAGAAUUUUCCUAUUUUAAGCUUCUGUAGGUACAUCAUGUACUAAGACCAACGGAAAAUGAAAAGUUAUUUUCUAGGCCAAUAUGACUUGGGAUAACUAUCAUUGCGUCAUAAUAGUCAAGAAACAUUGUUGCCAUACCAUUGGCUGCUGCAGUCGCAAAGUUAUUAUGUAGCCCCUAAACUUGGUUAGUCAUGGUACAGCAGCAAGGUUCCUUGAUUAUUUCACUGGAAUGAGAAUAUAGUUCCUAGACAUAUUGACCUAGAAAAUAGCAACAUUGCAUUUUCCGUCUGUCAUAGUACAUAAUGUAACUACAGAAAAGUAAAACUUUAAAUAGGUAAAUUAUUGAAACUCUUUGAUCUAUGCUAAGCUAUGCUAAAUAUGCUAAAAUGUUUAACUCUAGUGGGGUUGAGCCUAUUUUUUAAAGUAGUGUUCCUUUAAACACUACAAAACAUGUUGUCGAAAUGCGCUAAACAAACUGGGUAAACUUGCCAUCAAUAAUCAUAAGUUUUGUUUGAAAGUUUAAAAGCCCUGCUGAAAAAUCCAGCUUAAACCAGCCUAGCUAUUUCUAGCCUUGUCUUAGCUGGUCAGGCUGGAAAUGACCAGCUAAAACCAUCUAAAACCAGCUUGACCAGCCUGGUUUAAGCUGGACAUAGCUGGUUUUGACUGGGCUCCCAAUGAAAUGAAAUGGAAAUGGCUGGAAACCAGCCUGGAAAUGGGUAGAAAACCCCUCUAAAACCAGACUGGUCAACCAGCUAAAACCAGCCAACCAGCCUAGGCUUGUUUAAGCAGUUUUUUUCAGUAGGGAGUGUCAACAUGUCGCAUAAUGUUUGAAUUAGUUCAGUAGGUAGAGAGUAGAUAGUCUUUGGUGGCUGUUUGAAUGUGUUCGAUAUUGUGAAUAUCUACAAUACAGGCUUGUUUACACCUGAUAUUAACAGUGCAAAAGGAGAUCUUGGAAAUGCUAAUAUUAGCCUCGUAGCAAUAAAAGCCUACGUCCCACCCUGCAAAUGCACCAUCCAAAGCCAUGCCUCCUGAACAAAUAAUCACACAUCGCGUAACUUUUUCCAAAGAUAAAACUUUGUAGUACAGUUAGUAAUUAAUAUUAAUAGCAAACUUAUAAAAAGAAGGUAGGUUGUUGAUGUUUACCUGCCAUUCUCUGUCUAAACCGCAUCUGUGGAUGCAAGUAAUGAUGUAAUCUGUAAUCACAUAUGAAAUCACAUAAUUUGACAAAAUAUAUUAGGAAACAAACAUUUUGAUUGGACAAACUUUACUUAUUCCUACAUCUUCCACAUACUAUUAUAAUACAUAGAAAUACUUUUGGACCACUUAAUUUAAUUAUUGCUUUUAGAAUGUGAAGAGACUGUUAACCAGGGUAACAAAAAUAGUUUUUGAAGACAAUCACCUAUGCUACCCUAAAAAUAUGUAUUUUUUGUAGAUCUGAUCACAAAUGGAAAAUCCGAUCAACCAAAAUGCUUAAUACCAGCUGUAAACAGGCCCCUAAAAGUUAAUAAGUGCCUUAAAAUGCACAGUAUUACCACAAGAACAUGACUAAACACAGCUGACACAACAUGUUUUCAUUGAUCAUUAGCCAGGCAAACACCUUUUUUGUAAAUCUUCUCACAUUUGUCAGCAAACCAGCACAAUGCCACCAGGAGUUUUUUUUAAUAAAAUAUCAGUAAAUGUCUCUAUUUUUUCAACAUUACUUGGUUUCUGAAUAAAGCACACACACUACAAAUCUCGUCCAACAGACAAAAGCUGUUUUUUUACAGCAUAUAAGGAGACUAUCUUUUUCUUUUUUGUGCUUUUGACUGAAUGAUUAAUCUUUUAGUUUGAUCCCUAACUUUUCAAGUGAAAAAUUAGUGAGUUUUAACAAGACCGUGGACUUUAAUGUAUCUGUUGCAUGUUUAUAUAAUUAUUAUGUCAAGGUCUUUUAACGGACUACUAUAACUGAGUGUUCUUUAGAGUUCAAAAUGAAUGAAGACAGAAUCUUACCUCAGCACUUAACUGUUAUGUUUUGAACUCUAGCUUCAACUUAUUUGUGGAAGGUAACUACAGAAGUAAUGGUAAAUAGAUACGUACAGUAUUCAGACUGAAUUUCACCUGUUUCAUUUGUGUUAAUAAUAUAUUAUAUGGAUUAUGAGACAGUUUGUUUCACUGAAUAUUUUUUCUGCUGAUGUGUAAUGUUAAAUGUUGUUUGAAGACUCUUUAAGUGUCAGACAGUUCAAUGAAAACCAAUAAAAUUGCUUUCAGAAGGCAUG